GAUUCCCUGCAGAAAACCUGAUCAGGUCAUCACAUCCACCUCCCUUUGAUGACCGUGUUCUAUAAACAAGAACAGGAAUUCUUGCUACUGGAUCCCUUUCACCAGGCAUCUUAGGCUCGCUGAAUGAAAAGCCCUAUAAAAAGGAGAUGCAUCCCUAAUAAUAACAAAUACGAUCGUGGUGAUAUUUUGGGCAAAGUGGGAUUUGUGCCUCUCUUGAUCUCCAUUGAUGUCUGCCAUUCUUGUCCUGCCACUACCUUUCAGACUUCCUAUUCUUAGAAUUAUUUGUGAGCACUGGACUUGGGGGAUUGCAGCCCCCAAGGCUGGAAUGCCUAACUUGAGUGGAAUGCAGACUGUCUGGCAGAGUGGAGGUUAAAUAAAGUUUGCCUUGGCAGUUCCCUCUGUUCUUGGAUAGGCGACAAAUAACUCGGGUAUAGGAGCAAUGGCAUGAGCUACGGUGCUGAACCAAAUAGUCAUCCAGGGAAGAUUAGUGGUGCUUCAUUCUAGUCAUAGCCAUGCUAGUCUCAACCAUGGUAUAUUAAACAUGGAAUUACAUGCCUGAAAUGUGCACAUACAUACAUACAUACGGAGACCUCAACAGUCUUGACUCUCAGCUAGUGUCAUAUGGUUCUAGAAAAUGCAGGUACAAGUAAAAGGUAAGUUUGAAACACCCUGCAGGAACUGCAGAUUUGUGUAUCUGCCCCCUCAGAAUUGACUUAUUUUUGAAAAUAAGACAAAGGGACAGAUUUUCACUGUAAUAUGAACAAUUAUCAGGCAACCAACAAAUGUACCAAGACACUGGGAAAUUUUUUUAAGUAUGUCAUAUACUUCUUGUUGUGCUUAAGAUUUAGUUGGACAGGUAAAGCUAUAAAAAUAUGAGAAAAUAAUUCAUAUCCCAAAGUAGAAUAUUAGUCCUAAACCUCUGCUAUACAAAUACAACCAAGUGCCCAAAGGAGGUCUAGCUGGAAAGAUCUAGAAGGAUUUCAGGGAGGCUUAACACAGGUCUUAACUGAAGACAGAUUUCUGGAGAGAAGAGGCCCUUGUCAGUGAGAGGACUAGUAUGAACGGAAGGCAGAUGAGGCAAUCCUCAAGACGGGUCAUGGAAACUUGAUGAUCAGCUGGAUAUGGACAAAGGAAAGGAAUUUUUGUAAAAUCUCCAAAUGUUCACAUAAAGGUGCAGCAUUGACCAGAGACAGUUCUCUUUAAGGUUCUAUCCAUAAAACCCUUAAGAUGAUAUGAUGUGGCUCCUAGUGGACACUCAGUAAGUAACAACAUCACUAUUAUUAACUAAAUCUUCAAAUUCUGUGAGCCCAGCUAUUUGAGUUCACUUUACAAGAGUUGGUGCUAACUCUGCUUUGUGUUGUUCUGGUUGCUCACAUGAUUCCCACCUUGGUCCACCCUUUCCUUCAGGUUUAUCUGACCUGUCUUCUGUCUUUGCACCAUAGGUGGCUAGAGGUGCAAGUAGCUAAUUUAACAUGUCCACAGCACUGGGUGCAAUACCUCCGACUUCUUCGGGAAUCAAUCUGGCCUGGUGGAGCUUUGCUUAAGUAUCCUCGAUCUGUAAGGACCAAGGAGCAGAAGAUGGCUGCUAAGAAACAGGCGCUGCAGAGCUUGAUGAGCAUCCUGCCAGAUAUCGUAGUGGAAAUCCUUGGGGUGAACAAAUGCCAGCUGAGCUGGAGUCUGGUCUUGGAGUCAGUGCAGCAACCCCUCAUCAACAGACAUUUGAUUUACUGCCUUUGGGACAUCCUCCUGGAAUUCUUGGAUCUCAGUGCCUCUGUUAAGGAGUCUCCUAUAACCACCUCUGCCUCAGCAGCCCCCAGCAACUCCAGGAGCACGAGUGUCUCCCCUUAGACUGGAGAUCAUUCCCAUUCUUUGAAGACUGGAAAAGGAGAGUUUCUGUGCCACCCGAAGACGAGUCAGGAAGCCUGUGCCUCGGGAACCCGGCUGUAGCUCAGAAGGCCUGGGUCCCAGCGCACCGCUCUCCCCCGAGCUGUACUCCGUCAGCAAGUGACAGGGGAACAUACGUACCAAUUGCAUGAACACCCAUUUCCAUAGCUUUCUGUGGUGACUGGAGCAUAGCUUGUGGGUAGGUCCUGUUUCCUUUGGAAAAGGAAGCUGUGAGGUAGAGGAAUGAGCCCCUUUUGCCUCGACUUUCACAUUCCUCCCUAAGAUUUUGUGCCAGUCACCUGGCCCUGUGUGUCUAUGCACUUACUCUACCAACACAAGCUUUGGAGAGACCAGGAAAAAAGCUAUCGCCAGAUUUCCUUGAAGGAAAAUACAGUCUUCUGCACUGUCUGUUCCUACCAUGAAGCUGAAAAUUCAAGACCACUCUUGAAAGCCAGACCCCAGGAUCCUGUCUAGUUUAACAACAAUUCCAGAAGAGAGAAGGAAAACUUCUCAAGGGACUCCUUGCUCAUUGGCUAUUUUCCAACACAUCAACCCUGUGGAGGAUGUCUCUGAAAACUGCUUCCCUAAGUGGCUACAUUUUUCCCUGAAAACUUCAAAGCCUACAGCCAACACUUCUAGUAGAGCCACUCCACCCUCCACACCCUUUCCUGAAACAGUUGCAUCACAGAUUUUAUUUAUUAGCUUUCCUCCCUGCCCCCUCACCAUGAGCAGUUGAGUGGCCCUGGUGACCUCUCUGUCUUCAACAAAAUUGCCUGGCAAGUUGCAUACUUAGCCCACAGUUCCCCGAGGACUCACUCCACGCUGAGAAUGCCCAGCGAGUAGGAAACGCAGUGGGAGGGCAGAUUUCUCUCCACAAGUCUGUGCCAGGGAACUUUUACUCUGAAGUAAUAGAAGACUUGCAGGGAAUUGAUAAUCCAUAAAAAACUUCAUUUCCUGUUCCUUAAGGAUCUAAUUAGUCUUUAAGAACACCACUGAUGAAGGCAAAGGUGUUCUGUCAGGCUGCAGGGCCCGUUAGAAAGAUGGAACAAUUAGGAGACGCACUGUUAGAAAAGGAGACAAUCCCAGGGCAGUGAUGCCCCAGGGCAUGUGAGCAGCCUGCCGAGGUUUACAGGGAGCAAGGCUUCUGCUCACCCCUUGGCCCUUUUGCUUUGUAUCUGCUGUUAGUGCCCUGCUUUCAGUGAAUUAUGGAUCCUCCCAUGUGGAGAAGAGGCUUAGGGUUGGACCAAUAAGGAUGGGGGCAGGUCUAGAACAAAUGUCAAGGUUCUCUUAGACUCUGAAGUUGAUUCACACACAAUUAAAGUGGUUUAUGGAAAAAGUUGUGAACUAUUUUUACCCCUUCACCCCACAGCAUUUAAGCAUAAGUUGUGUGCUGAUGUAAUCAAAAGGCUUUAGGUGUGCUAUUAGAUACCUCAUGACAUCUUUUAGCCUUAAAAUUUGAUUGUUUCAGUGACUUGAUGGCUACAAAGUUCUCAAAGCACCUCCCACACUAGGCACUCAAGCUGCUCAUCAUCUCUGCCUUUGCUAAGUAUUUGCAGGAUUGCGAGUCUGUCCUCACUUAGUGGCGCCAAUCCUUGACCUCCUCGGGCUAGAGUCACGAUGCUGUUUGGGAGAGGCACAGGUGGCCAGCCCUGUCUUCUGCUACCCUUCUCGCCCGUGUUGUGCCCUGUCCUAAGUGUAUGCACGCAGCCAUCUGUAUUGUUUUGAAUAUGCUGCUAGUUCUGGCUCAUGUGACACAAAACCAGGACAUAAGCUGACACCAUAAAAUUCCAGUGGCUAUUCUAAGGUAUCUUUUGGCACUUCCAGCCCAAAGAAAACUUCCUCUUAUUUCAUGUUACGUAAGAGAUCCCACUUCUACUCUCUCUGCCCCAAAGAGAUAAGCUGUCUUCAGGCCCUCCUUCUGCCCAGAAGGGAAAUGCUAGAUAUCACCAUGGAAAUAACUAGAACCCAUCUGGCUUUGCGAGGACCUGCCAAGUUUGAGUAGCAGGUUCAGGCAACAAGGGAGAUGGCAUUUGGGAGAGAGCCACAGAUAUCAGGAAAACAUGCUCCCAGCUGAGAGCGUGGUGAGAGGCCAGGAAGAACAGGGCUGGCCUGACACAGAGCAUCCUUGAUUUUUCCUUUACCUCCUUGGUCCUUACAUUUUCCACCAGCCCUCAGGCUUUUACAGCAGCCAAUACCAGUUGUUAGGUCGCAGGGGAAAUGAAAAUAUGUGUAAAUAUCCCUGAGUAUAUGAAUUAGGAUGAUUUGAACUGCAAUGUAACUACAUUUCUUCUAUGAAAUGAGCACAAGUAGGUGAGUCCCAGAGGUGCUGGGAUCUGGCAGUGCCAACCCCAUGAGUGGUACCAGUUCCUCCCCUCUUACUGCUCCACCCUUGUCCACGUUCUGUCAUGCCUCAGGCCACCUCCCUCCGUGGUCGCUGCAGUUUGGACCAUCACCUUUAUGCCCAGCAAUAUCUGUGAAAAGAAGCAUUAUCUCAUGUUUUCUUUUGAAGAAGGAGAAAAUCACUGCAAGCCCUUCGAGAACUGCCUCACCUGUAAGCCAGUCCACUGACACUGACAACGGCGUUGCUUCUGGCUUGCAAUCGUCUUUACUCCCAGAGAGGAGGUCACCCUCCAUGAAGGGUUGAUACCUACGAAAAAUAGACGUUCGCAGGGAAGAAGCAGAGAAUGGGUGUUGAUAAUGUCUGUUACAGGGUCUUUCUGCCACCAUCAGCAAUGCCCUGUGGGACCCUGAAAAUGCCCGGUACCAGCUCAGGGAUAACAUGAAGAUGCCACCUUUAGAACUUCACUUACACUAACUUAUUUAACCCAGACAUCAACCAGUGGAGUAGGCUGCAUGGUGCUUCCCCAUUUUAUAGUGCGGAACACACCAGAAAGGGGGUUUGCAAAAAGUCACUUGCAGGGCUAGUUACAGAGCUUAUCAUUCUGCACUCAAACCCACAUGCAUAAUCACCAUGCUAAUCUGCUUCUCUUACAAAAUAGGACUGGGUUUCACCUUUAAGGAGCCUGGAGUCUACGGGUUAGACUGGUGGCCUACGGGUUAAGCCUCAGCACUAUCACCGCUGCGAAAUGAGUUUGCGCCCUGGUCAGGGAGCUACCCACAUGGCACAGCAGACCUCUCCUGUCUCACCCACUGCUCCCCUCAGGAGUAUAUUUCAGUAAAUCUGCCUCUUCUGCUCCCCACUCUGGUGAAUCCGCUCACCCUCCCCCUGAACCCUCUGGCCUACACCCCAGUUCUUUUAUGCAAAAAAUAUUUUUUUUUUAAAAAAGAGUCUGGAGUCUAGUAGAACAAUCGGCAAACAUUUUUCGUAAAGGCGCAGAGAACACACUUCAUGGCCAUGUGGGGGUUUCUGUUGCAAAUACUCAGGACCUCCAUCGUACUGUGGCAGCAGUUGUGGGUGAUACACAAGUGACCAGCUGUGUACCAGUAAAACUUUAUCUGUAAAAACAGGCAGCUGGCCAGGCUUGACUCAUGCAUAAUUUGCAGAUCCCUUGUUUUGUGGGAAGAGUGUUGAUUAAACUUCUGUGUGUGUGCAUGUCACUUACCUGGGAUCUUGUUAAAAUCCAAAUGUUGAUAACAGCAAUCCUGGUUCCCAAGCUCAGAGGUGGAUGUCACUGAGAAUGUAGAUCAUCAGCUAGUCUGAGUACCAGGCCUAAAACACAGACAAUUCCAAUCGGGUGUGAUUCGUGAACUAUAAGUAAGUAGGAAGGCUUCUAGUUAAGAUUGAGAGACCAUGGGAAGCCUGAGGUGGAAAUACCUGAAUUGACUCUGGAAAGAUUAAUAAGAAUUAGCCAUUGAAAGCAUGGAGAGGCUGUCUAGAUGGAGGAACAAUGAACAUGGAUACAAAGACAGAGAGCAGGGCCUCCCCGGUGGUGCAGCAGUUGAGCACUGGGCUGCGAAGCUGCCCGCAGCCUCUGCAGCACCAGUUCGAUCCCCGGUCGCUGGCGAGGGUCCCACAUGACACGACAGACCUCUCCUGCCAUGUCCGCUGCUCCCCUCAGCAGUGCAUUUCGUUGGUCUGCCUGUUCUGCUCCCCUCUCUGGCUCUGGUGAAUUUUCUCACCCUCCAGCGCUUCUGACUAUACCCAGUGCUUAUAUAAAUAAAUAAAUA